AUGACUAUGCUCGAAAUUGAACAAGAUUCUAUACCAGAGACAAUGUUUGAGAGCAACCAGGGUAUGACAAUCUUAGAUGAGAGGCCGUCCCACUACACUCAACUGAAAUAUCUGCCUGGUUACUGCCUUGCUAACCCAUCAUACAAACCGAGACGGGUACUCUUCAGACAUCGCGACGGAAGGCUGCUAUCGGGAUGUGGUGGUGACGUGGAGGUGUUCCAUCCGAUGGAGUUAGAACGUUCACAGAAUACAGGGCUGCCAAUACGUGGAACUGUAGUGAAUGUGUUCGGCGGCAAAGAUACUGUGAUCGGAAUACAAGCAGUAGAAGGAGGGGAUCAUUUUCUCGUUCAUGGAGAGUACUACUGCUGUCUGCUCCAUCAGUCCUACCUCGUUGAGGGUGGAGUGGCUCCGGAACAUCGUGUACUACGACUACCGGCUCCAAUUCGUUCACUCAACGUGGAACGACACGGAAAGAACGACCUUCUUCUCUCAUUUCUUCUCGAAAGUGGAGUAUUUCACUACAGCCUCAGCACUCAUAUGGAAGACACCUCUUUCGAAUGCCUCCAAUGUUAUCGUUGCACACGACCAAUCCAAUCUGGGUUACUGUGGCGAGACGGUGGAAUCCUCCAUGCAGCUUACUACGACGGUUUUGUUCGCGUAGGCAUUAUAGUCGAGGAAUACGACGACAUGCUCCUUGUCCAGCGUUUAUCAGUCUCCAAAAAUAACGUGAACACAUUGCUGGACGUUAUUUUCUCUGAAAUCAAACGCCUUUCUGAUUAUGAAGAUGCGGAAAGGGAUAAGCGGGCAUCUAUGUUGGAAAAGAUGAAAAAUUUGAAGGCAAAGUUAGCCAAUUCUCCUUCACCCUCCACUCAGAACAUAAACACACAAGAAGAGGACGAGGAAACAUAUAAUGCCCACAUGGAGUUCAGCUCGCUGAAAGUAGAGUUCCGAAAUCACUCUGUAAGGGCUGAUCGCGUCUCUCAACGUCUUCUCGCACUUCGAAAGCUUCUCGUUCUUUCGCAAAAAGCUAUAGAGGCAAAUGCCGCAAUGAAUCACUCAAUUUCACUUAUAGAGUCGGAACUUGACGAGCUGACUCGUUUCUCAAAGUUACACGAUGAAUGUUUGGAAAGCGGAAAUUUCACUCUGAUUGAGAAAAGUCGAGCAGUAUUUGAAGAAAGGAAAUAUACCGUACAAGAAUUGAUGAGGAAAGCCAAGGCUAACGAGAUGGAAACAUUCAUAGCUGAAUGGGAUAAGAAGGUGUCAAGCAUAAUCGAAUCCAUGAACGGCAGCACCGAUCCAGCUAAAGAUAUGCGACUCAUUCUCUCUCAACACAUCUUCGAACACAGAGCUGAGAAGAAUGAUCACUUCACUCAUUUUCUCCUUGAUGAUACACAACGGGAACCAACGCUGUACUGCUUGUCAGGACUUACGACGUUGGCCGUAUAUCCUAGGAAAGGAAAACGGGUAGCUUCGAUUUCCUUGGACUCGUCUUAUGAAACUAGGCUUACUGCCGCCUGCCUAAUGCGUGGCGUAGAAGGUGUUUACGUGACGGACGACAAGGAAGUCUUUCCAAUCUACUUUUAUCGCCGACGAGGUUCUCCACCGGUGUAUCGAGAAAAACGAUUUUUCGACGCUGGAAACCCUAUUUCCCUGCCUUCAUUUGAUGACCUAACUUCUAUCUUGAUGGAGCAUGAUGGAAUGAUUCUCGGGAGUUGCUCUGGUGGUUUACUUCAUUUGGCAUUUGAUCUUGAGAGAAAAUAUGACCACUUUAUAAUUGCUAGCAGUCUUAUGUCUCAUCCUUUCUCUCACGGACCCAUAAAUGACCUCAAAAUCCUAUCCACUGAAGAUACAUAUCUGGCCUUGCACUGCUCUGAUACUGAAGUUGUGAUAUCCGAAAGGGAUCAAGAUCGUUGGCAUCGUGUAACGUACCAUUCCGGUGGGGCUCUGUGUCUUGCAAGCACACCGUUUUCUCUGGAACAUCGUGGUGCUUUUGCUGUGACAGGCAGUAAAACGUAUGUGAGGAUCAAAGCGCUACACUACACUGAGGAUAACCUAGUAGGACUACAUGAUCUCGGUCAAUCUCGCGUCACGGACGACACCGGUAAAGACGUUGAGGUAUUGAAUGUCAGCCUUGAUCCAACUAUGGAAUGCCGACCACUUCCUUGUAAACUUCGUUAUUCAGUUGGCUACGCAGAUAAAGCUAUCAGGACAUAUGUUGCACUACUGACGGGUCAACAUGAAUUCACUGUGGCUGAAAAGUUCAUCGCUCAAAUAGAACCGUUACAUUGUGUCGCAUUGAUGAUUUGCUUCCACGGACGACCAAUGGGUUGUUAUGCAGCAAGCGGUAAAACGUUGCAAGUCUGGAAUGACCUUGACAGACAUCAACAGAAGAAAAUGAAAAGUGAACGUAUGGAGCUACGGAAGAUGGAAGUGUCUAUAUCAUCAAUGGCAAGGGUAGAAGGAAGGUCAUGCUAUCUCAUACUUGGCUACAAGGACAGCAGAGUGCAAAUCUUCGAAGAAAGAGGCAAAGGCACAGGAAAACUGGAUUCGGUCGGAUGGAUAGACGAUUGCCAUCCAAACAGCGAGAUACGUUCGGUUACUGUUCUUCGAGCACGCGUUGAUCCACUUUCGUCCGGAGAUAGGCUGUUCAUACAUUCGAUGGCAGGACCUUGCAUUUACAUACAUUCAGCGCUAAUAGAAGCUGGAAAAGUGGUUGAGGUGAAUUUUAUUUUGGCUACAAAUCAUGGGUUAUUCGGUGCACGUUCCUUCGAAACACUUGAUUCAAGGCCUUUCGAAUACGCAGUCUUCGGGAAAGGAAUUGAUAUGCAUAAGCUAACCGAAGAACAGCGCAAAUCCUUAGAAAAUUACCGUAUCGUGGUGAUUUAUUCAGUCGACAUUAACUAUAUUUCUUAG